UCAUAACAUCUACGAAGACAAACUACCACCAGUUGACCAGCGUAAGGAUGAAGUCAUUCAUUGUGCUAGCUGCUUUCGUAGCUGUUGCUGCCGGUCAAGGGCUCGGCCAGGAGAAGUACGAACCCCCUGCGCCGUAUCAAUUCGCCUACGCAUCCGAGGACAAGGAAGGUUCAUCCUCUCACGAAGAGUCAACCGAUGGAUCUGGACGGAUUCAGGGCAAAUAUACAAUGCAGUUAGCUGAUGGCCGUGCUAGAACCGUCACCUACUGGGCAGAUAACACCGGUUUCCAUGCCGAUAUUAUCACGAAUGAACUCGGCACGGAGUCAAAGAACCCUGCCGAUGUGACGAUCCAGUCCUCUGCCCCCACCGGCCCAGAAGCCGCCCUGGCUGCUGAAGGCUCUCGCGUGAAGGCUCGCGCUUCGUACAUUGCUCCGACUAUUGUGCCGGCCCCUGCUGCGACCGCGUUUGCCGCUUUGGCGCCCAUACACAACCGUUUCUUUCGUGCCUAAACUGCUUUGAAUUAGUCGACUGUAAACGUAAAUCUUUGUUGCGCUUGUAGCCAGGGAUCAGAACGUUAACUAAUCGUCUUUAAUAAACAAGUGCCGCUACCGGCAAUUGAAUUUUUAUAACUUCCUGCGAAUGGACUAUAACCUUUUACACCUUACAGACGGUGAACAGUGGUGCCAAAGCUAACUUAUUCGGUAGAUAGAUAGGUAGAUUCUGGUAGAACUGUUCCAGUUAAUUUACUAGACCUCUUUAAGCUGUACCAUGAAUUUCGUCCACUUCUCUAUACUUGACUUGAUCAUCCAUGGAAUUGAAUCAUAAGUAUCGACUCAUAAAUCUACUGUUUCCUAAUAAGGUUUUUAAGUCUCUUUCUAUCUGUGGCUACUCUAUCCCUUGUUCUACUCUUCCUAUUGUAAAUAAAGUUAGCCUCAUAGCACCGAUCUGUGUCGAGUUCUUCUAGCCUCACAAAUAACUUAGUUCUUCCUGUUGUGUACCUGCCAAAUGCAUACGACAGUUUGGGUCUCUUAAAUAUGUUUUAUUGCUUGUCUGUUUCUCCCUGUAAAAAUACAGAGCUUUAACACAUAUCGAUUUCUA